AUUUCGGGCAGUUCUUGGUGUCUUCAAUCCUUUCUUUCAUGUCCAAUACCACCCGAUUUCAGGCUCAAGUAUUCGAGGAUAUCGUCAAAUUUUCUGCAUAAAUCAUUCAAUAUUUUUUCUCCAAUCUUUCAACGUCCAACUUUUCAUUUUGUCUUCUCUUGGGGGCAGGCGCGUGCGAAAUUCUUCAGCUCAAGUCCAGCAGCCUGCAACCGCGUCACGUCUGAUAGAACUUGGGGAGCACGCGCGCAACUCUUCUCACCCCAACAACAACAGCUCCCGCGGCGACCUUGGCCUAUUUCAAAUUUCAAAAUGUCGGACUCAGAAGAUGAUAAGCCACUAAUCAAAGUCAAGUCAAAAGCCAUCAUCUCCAAAGCUGACGACGCCGCCCUGGACAAACGAAUGCCGAGGACGAACGGUGCCGUGAAGCCAGGCAUCAGCAUCGCCAACGGACCUGUCGAUGCGAUGGACGUCGACAAACCGAAUAGCACAUCCAACGGCAAGCGCAAGGCUUCAUUACCCAACGGCAGGAGUUACAAAGACGCCAGCGAUGAGGAUGAAGACGACCUGCCAUUGAAGAAACGGAAAACCAACACUGUCGCGGAUGAUUCUGAUGACGAACCUCUCGUCCGCAAGAUCUCUAAGCCUAUCCCGAUCAGGGCGGACCAGAUCGGUGAGAAAUCAGAUAAAGGGCUUGUUCAAAAGCUGCAGAAACAAAAGGCAGACAUCGAGAAAAAGGCCGCCAAGGAGGCGCAAGCAAUUCGUAAAGAUGACUCGAGCUCACGGCGCAAGUCAAAGAAGGUGGACUCUGACGAUGAAGAUGAUAUCCCCUUGGCCAAAAUUAGCUCAGCACGACCGUCCCUGAACGGUGCGAAGCGUGUCAAGAAGGAGGAAUCUGACGAUGAUGAUGACAUGCCAUUAAGCAAGAAAGCUGCUGCAACGAAGAAGACGGCACCGAAAAAGACGACCACUUCGAAGAAGGAAGCAUCGACGCCGGCCAAGAAGGGCAAGGCGGCUGUCAAGAAGAAAGCAGAAGAAGAGGAAGAAGAAGAGGGUGAAGAAGAAGAGUAUCGAUGGUGGGAGGAUCCAAGCAAGGGCGAUGGCACUAUCAAGUGGACUACUUUGGAGCACAACGGUGUCGUCUUCCCUCCUGAAUACGAACCGCUGCCGAAGAACGUUCAGAUGUUAUAUGAUGGACAGCCGGUGUCAAUGCACCCCGACGCCGAGGAAAUCGCCUACGCUUUCGGAAGCAUGCUCAAUUCGGAGCACAACGUGCAAAAUCCGACGUUCCAGAAAAAUUUCUUCGACGAUUUCAAAGCGAUACUGGACAAGACAGGCCACGCCAAGGACAAAAAUGGCAAUAAGGUCAAAAUCACGAAGUUCGAGAAGUGUGAUUUCAAGCCCAUCUUCAAUCAUGUGGAUGCUGAGCGCACAGCCAAGAAGGCGCUGACUACUGCGCAAAAGAAGGAAAUCAAGGCGAAGAAGGAUGAAGCAGAAGCUCCAUAUUUGUACUGCAUGUGGGACGGCCGCAAGCAGAAAGUCGGCAACUUCAGAGUCGAACCGCCAGGGCUAUUCCGAGGGCGCGGAGAACACCCAAAGACGGGCCGCUUCAAGAAGCGUGUCUCACCCGAGCAAAUCACCAUCAACAUCGGAAAGGAGGCGACCGUGCCAAGACCUCCAGAGGGUCACAAAUGGAAAGAAGUCAAGCAUGACCAGGAAGGUACUUGGCUGGCCAUGUGGCAGGAGAACAUCAACGGCGCGUACAAAUAUGUCAUGCUGGCUGCCAACUCCGAUGUCAAAGGACAAAGUGACUACAAGAAAUUUGAAAAGGCUCGUGAGCUGAAGAAGCACAUUGACAAGAUCCGUAAAGAUUACAAAAAGGAGCUCAAAUCAGAAAGCAUGGCUGAGAGGCAACGAGCAACGGCAGUAUACCUUAUCGAUCAAUUCGCGCUCCGUGCUGGUAAUGAAAAAGGCGAGGACGAAGCGGAUACAGUGGGAUGUUGUUCGCUCAAGUUCGAACACAUCACUCUCAGCCCUCCCAACAAGGUCAUCUUCGACUUUUUGGGUAAGGAUUCAAUCCGUUUUUACGAUGAAGUUGAGGUCGAUAUUCAAGUGUUCAAGAACUUGAAGAUCUUCAAGCGUUCCCCCAAGAAAGAAGGUGACGAGAUCUUCGACCGUCUAACAACGUCUUCACUCAACAAGCAUCUGUCAAACUACAUGACCGGACUGACUGCCAAGGUCUUCCGUACCUACAAUGCUUCUUUCACCAUGGCUACGCUGCUGAAGGAGAUGACAGCCAAAGGUACCAUUCCGGAGAAGGUAAAGGCAUACAACGAUGCCAAUCGUCGCGUGGCUAUUCUCUGUAACCACAAGCGCACUGUUGGUGCUGGCCAUGUUGCGCAGAUGGAGAAGAUGGAGGACCGGAUCAAUGCGCUUCGUUACCAGCAAUGGCGCAUCAAGCAAAUGAUGCUCGCAGAAGAGCCCAAGCUGAAAAAGAAGAAGGGUGCAGAGUAUUUCGCCUUGCCCGAGGACAUUACGAAAGAAUGGAUCGCUUCCCACCAUACCUCUCUCGUUGAGGCCGAGAAGGUCAAGAUUACCAAAAAGUUCGAGAAGGAGAACGAGAAGCUCGAGUCCGAAGGUUCCAAACCGAUGAAGGACAAGGAGUUGAAAGAUCGCCUUGUCGCUGUCACUGAGCUGGAUGCGAAAUUCAAAGCUGAACGCAAAUCAGGCAAGGUCCUGCCCGAGGGCCGAAGUCCCACCGUGGAGAAGUACGAAAAGGAUCUGGAGAAGCUUGACACGAGGAUCGCGACGCUGCAGCUGCAGAGCGAGGAUCGUGAGAAUAACAAGGAGGUGGCAUUGGGCACUUCGAAGAUCAAUUACAUCGAUCCGCGCCUCACAGUCGUCUUCUCCAAGAAGUACGAUGUCCCCAUCGAGCGCUUCUUCUCCAAGACGCUCCGAGAGAAGUUCGAGUGGGCCAUCAAGUCUGCAGAUGAGAAUUGGGACUUUUGAGCAUUCAAGUCUGAUUUUUGCUGGCCAGGCGACGAGUGCUCGUGGAGAUACUUAUUUUGUGUGCUACUUUUUAAGGAGAGAUCGAUUCAUUGCAUUUUUGAGCCAUGUACUUCUGUCAUUUGGGCGGUAGCGAUCAGGGUAGGCAAAAGCGUUAGGAAAGAGGCCGUUCCCCAAGGACAUCCACCGCGAGAUAUGUGGUCAGCGUUUUCACUUUCAGACCGGAUCAUCGUAUGCAACACACACACACACACACACACACACAUUUUCCAAGCAAGUCCUAACAUUUGUCGCUCUCAUAAUCUCUAAAAUGUGUUAUUGAGCUUCACUUAGGUUUGGGUUAAGAUCAACCCUAGUAUGUAGCAGCGUAGCUCAACCCGUCGAAGAACAUGGAG